UCUUAAAAAAAUCAAUUAUUUUUUUUUUAUAUUUAAUUUUACAUUAUUCUAUUUGCGAAAAGAAAACAUUUGAUACUGAUUUGAUCCAAAGUUUAAAAAAAAACUGGAGACCAGUUGACCCUGCGGGCCAGAUUCAAAUCAGUCCAUCCUUCAAAAAUUAUAGAUUAUUUACAUACGCACAUGCAUACAUUCGAGGGGAGUGAAUAAUUAAAAAUUCAUUCACUCCGCAUUCACUCCGUAUUUAAUCCGCAUUCACUCCGCGAAUUUUUUACAGUGCAUCUUGUCCCUUUCUGCGGUUUUCGGAAAUAAUUUUUGGAGAUACCUAAAAGACCUAGUUGUAUUCGCAAAGAAACUCUUAUCAUUUAUAAGCACGCGAAAUAAUUAUUUUUAAUUGUUAAGUAUUUAAUUGGACUAUACCCACUGGGAUAUGAAUGAAUAAUAUAAAUUAUUUAAACAUCUAGUCCAGUGUCAUUUAGUGUCCAACGUUCAGCGACUUGUCCAACAACAACUUAAUUUUACAGUCAUUGGAAAAAUAUUUUUUUUUCUGAAUAUACGUAACAAUGAAUAUUUUAGCAGCUGGUGUUUUAACAUUGUUCCUAAGAUUUAAUUCAAAGGUCACUGCCCUUGGAUGUUGGGCAUCUAUUGGUGGUGGAAAAGCAGAAGGUAGUGUUUCUGGAGAUCUUCCAGAUGCUGGUGGGCAAGUAGGAGGUGAUGUUUCAGGUGGAAUUUCAGGAAAUAUCCAACUGCCAGAGAAUAUUUUAACAGAAUGUGGUGUUGGUAGUGCUGACGCUAGUGCUGACGCUGAUGCAUCAACUUCUGGAGUAGAAGGAAGUACAGAAGUAAAUGUAGAUGUAAAUUUACCAUCGUGUGACUGUGUCAGAAAAUUCGAUGUCGAAGGUUCUGCAGAGGCUGAAGAUUCUGCUAGUGGCGGUGGAGUAGAGGGUAGUGCAGGUGAUAGCGUCAGUGGAAGUGCUUCACUUGCCAUGCCAGGAGUUAAUUGCGUCGAAAAAGAUACUCCUGAUGAGGAAACAGACUCUGGAUAUUCUUACACAGUAGAUAUGAUAAGAGAUGCUUUAUUCUGCGGAAAGAAUGAUUUUAUCACUGCAUGGCAAGUUGCAAACGUCGAUUCACCCACUAAAUAUCUUCAAACAAUGAAUGCAGAUAAUUCACUUAAAAUAAUCGAAAUCAAUAUUACAGUAGGUAAAACUACAGUUUAUGAGGUAAAAAAAGGUGAUAAAAUGGCAACUGUAUGCGAUGAUUCAUAUCCCGAAAAAUCUGUUGAAGCUAAUAUUUACGAAAUCCUGAAAUUAUCUAUCAUGGAUGGUAAAGGAUGUCCUGUAGAAAAAGGCGAUGAUUACACUAUUCCUCAUAGUAUGAAGUCCGUAACUCUUUCAUUCGAUAAACCAAUACCGUGUGGUAAUUACACAUUAAAUAUAAUUAUUGAUACACCUAAAGGUGAUUGGGCACUGGAGAUUUAUUACGAGUGGACGAUUGAAAAAGGUGCAACUGAGUGUGCAGAUGAAGCUGAGCAACUUGAUUAGUGAUUUAUUACACUAAUAUUUGUGGUUUAUAAUAUGAUACUGAAAUUAGCCGACAUCUAAUCAUUUUUGGAUUAUUUUUCUCAAGAUAAAUUAUAAAAAAAAAAUCGGUCUAUCGGUUAACCCUGCGGGCCAGCCCCAAAACUUCUCGCUGUUUUCGAGCUUGUUGAGCUCGAAAACAUUAUUGUGAAUACAUUUUUGAGCUCUUCGAGCUCGCAAAUACUUUUGUAUGCCAUUGUUUUAUAAAAAUAACAUUUUUUAGCAUUUCUUUCUUCCACGAUAUCUCGCGAACGAAUCAACCGAUUUUGAUGGUUAAGGCGGCAAUCGACGUGUUUUAUCAAGUUCUAACGCUGAUCAAAUUUUGAAAUCGAUUUAUCGCGUCGUUUUUGAGAAAUUUCGAAAAAACCAAAAAAAAAAUUUUUUUUGAAUUCUUUCGUAAACGGUUUCUCUUGAACGAAUGAACCGAUUUUGAUGGUUGAGGUGGCAUUCGAUGCGGCUCAUAAAGCUCUAGAGCUCAGUCUAGUUCGGAAUCAAUCCAUCGAGCACAUUAAAAGUUAUCAAAAAAAAACUUUAUUUUUGGAAUAUCUCUGAACGAGCCCUACCGAUCAACCUCAAUUUUCUUACAGCUUCAAGAUAUUGACAAGUUGCGUCGAAUGACACCUUAAAGUUCAAAAUUGGUUUAUCCGUUCAAGAGUUAUGAAUAUUUACAUACAUACGUACGUACACACAUACUAUCGCCAACAUUAAUUUCUGACAGUUCCAGAAAGUAAUGACAAAUAAAAAAGUUAAUAAAUAAAAUUUGAAUAGUUAAAUAAUUAUAAAUAAAAAGAUUGUAAAAAAUGAAAACUGUAAAAAAAAUAAAUAAUAAUAUAAAAUCAAAUGUGUACAAAUUAAAUUAUAAGUAGUUUAAAAUGAGAAAAAAAAAAUUCCUAUGAAAUAUUUC